UUUUUCCUCUCUUUUCUUGUCACUCAUUUAGGAGUGAACCCUAAAGAAGAGCACUUAAUAAGGGUUUUGAAGUACAUUUGUUUAAAUACUAUUGGAUAAACAAAUACAAACAAAAUUCCUGUUUAGGGUUUUGAAUUAAACCCAUUUUUACUAUCUCAUUAUAGAUUAAUGGCUAUGAUCCCUUUUUUUAUAUUCUUCACUCUCAUCAGCUCUAUCUCACUUUCUUUUGGAUUUGAUCCAUUGGAUCCUCAUGGAAAUAUAACAAUCAAAUGGGACCUUGUGCAAACAGAUUCUGAUUCAAAUGAUGUGAGGGUAUCACUCCAUAACUACCAACUAUAUCGCCACGUGGAACCACCUGGUUGGAAAUUAAGUUGGGCAUGGAGAGGUGACGAAGUAAUAUCAGGUAUAUUAGGAGCUGAAGCAACUGAGCAAGGAAACUGCACUGCUUACAUCGGAAAACAACUCCCACAUUGUUGCGAAAAACGGCCCGUCAUCGUCGACCUUUUGCCCGGUGCUCCGUACAAUUUGCAGGCUCAGAAUUGCUGCAAAGGCGGUCUCUUAUCUUCCAUGAAUCAGGACCGGUCAAAAAGUGUUGCAACUUUUCAGAUUAAUGUUGGUUUUUCAGCUGAUUAUAGUACUGAGUUUGCUAUGCCUGAAAAUUUCACGUUGGGGAUUCCUGGUUAUACUUGUGGAAACCCGUAUGAUGUGCGACCGAGCAGGUAUCCGACUGACGGUGGCCGCCGGUGGACUCAAGCUCUGAGGACAUGGGAUGUGACAUGUAUAUAUUCUCAAUUUAUAUCAUCAGAAGUACCAAAGUGUUGUGUUUCAUUGUCCGCAUUCUACAAUAAUACCAUUAUUCCCUGCCCUAGAUGCAGCUGCGGUUGUCAAAAGCAACCCGGACCACAAUGUGUCAAGUUCGGAGAAACGCCGCCGUUGGUGCGACAAAAGCAUAACCCGAAUAUAGAACCUCCGCCGGUAGUAUGGUGCACGAAACACAUGUGUCCGAUUUGGGUGCAUUGGCAUGUAAAAGAGAGCUACAAAUUGUAUUGGCGAGUCAAGAUUACAGUGACCAAUCUGAACAUCAUGAAAAAUUAUUCUCAAUGGAACAUAGUGGUUCUUCAUCCUAAUUUGGAGAGCUUGACUCAGGUUUUCAGCUUCAAUUAUGCACCGCUCCAUCAGUAUGGAAAUAUCAAUGAUACAGGAAUGUUUUGGGGAAUAAAAUACUACAAUGACAUGUUACUCCAAGCAGGAGAAAAUGGCAAAGUACAGUCUGAAAUGUUACUGCGCAAAGAUUCUGGAAUUUUUAGUUUUAGAGAAGGAUGGGCUUUUCCCAGAAGAAUUUCAUUUAAUGGUGAUGAAUGUGUUAUGCCCCAGCCUGAUGAUUACCCUACAUUACCUAACAAUUCUCGCACCAUUUUUAUUGCUUCUUUUCUCAAUCUACUUCUUGUUCUUUGCACUUUUAUCCUCAUUAAGUAGUUUUUUUUUUUACAUUGUAGGGGUUUUGAUUCUUUUUGUUAGGGCUAAUUAUUUAAAUAUAUACUACCACUUUUGUCAAUUCUAUCUAUGGUCUGU